UUAUCUUCCCGACUAUUUACAAUGAAGUUAGCACCAUUAGACAUAACCUCAAACAUUGACAAUACCAUAACAAAAUAUACAAACGUCAAAAGUACCAAAAUUUUAAGAACCCUUCAAUUAUUUAUAAAAAUGUCUGUAAAAAUCCGAGCGGCUUACACUAACUCGAUAUCCACUUCCAGGAUAAUUUUCACAUGUCUAGCGGCGGUAAUCGUCCGAUAUUAUUUGAUGUUAUCGAAGUACCAAACGGUGAUAGCGAAUCACGUUGAGGUGUCGACGCCUUUGAAUUCCUGGAAACGGGUGUCGGAAGGGCUGUAUUUGAUUUCCAAAAAUAUAAACCCGUACGAAGGGGACGUGCUGCACGAGACGCCGCUCUCCUUGUACCUGUACAAGAACAUUUUGCUGGUGUUCCAAGACAGAAUCCACCUGGCUUUCAUCACGUUCGAUGUGGCCACCGCCAUCAUCUUGUUCUUCACCACGAAGAAGUUUAACUGGGAUUUGUUCGUGGAGGAGGAGAACAACAAGGAAACGUUCGCCAAAGACGCCGUGGAGUGCUUUUUGAAACCCGAGAAGUUGUUCAAAUCAUCGUACUAUGUUCUGCUUACGUAUUUAUUCAAUCCUUUCACGUUGUUUAGUUGUGUGGGGUAUUCCACGACUGUUUUUUAUAAUUUUUAUUUAGCUGUAAUGAUGUUUUGUAUGGUGCAUGGAAUUUCGGUGAUUUGUGGAAUUUUUCUUGCAUUGGCCGCUUCAGUAUCUUUUUAUCCGGUGGUGUUGAUCCUACCGGUUACAAUGUAUUUCAAAUACGCUAUUAAGAGUAAUUUCAAAAUCAUCAUCAAUUUGUUCAGUUUUAUCACCACUUCGGUGCUGAUAAUGUUGAUGUGCACCGAUUUCGGUAAAGAUUUUAGCUACAUUAGAAAUGUUUAUGGUUGCAUUUUAACUGUACCCGAUUUGCAGCCGAACAUUGGGCUGUUUUGGUACUUCUUCACGGAAAUGUUCGAGCAUUUCAGGGAGUUGUUUAUUUACGCUUUCCAGAUUAACAACACGAUAUUGUAUUUAGUUCCUAUAUCGCUGAGAUUUAGGAAGCACCCCUUUUUGCUUACGGUUGCUAUAAACUUUAUUAUAACCAUUUUCAAGUCGUAUCCGAGCGUGGGAGAUGUGGGUUUCGUACUAAGUGUGGUACCCUCUUUUCCUCAUCUGUUUCCUUUCAGUCAACAAGGGUUUUUGGUGGGUACUAUGCUGAUUAUAUCUACUUCACUAGCACCCAUAUUGUAUUAUUUGUGGAUAUAUUGUAACUCGGCAAAUGCUAAUUUUUACUUUGGUGUGACUCUAAGUUUCGCUGUGGCUCAGAUAUUUUUGCUAACAGACCUGCUGUUUUCUCAAGUAAAGCGAGACUACAUGCUGAAGUACGGGAAAAACAGGAAGAUUGAUGGAGAAGAAGGAAUUUUGUGUUUAGAAUAAAUGUUUUUUUUAUGUUUCUUAAUAAAAAU